AUGGAACGCAUAGCACAGCAGUAUCGUAGUGGCAAAAGAGACAGUGACGGUAACAGAAUGUCAUCCCGUGUCAUAUCGGAAAAGAGCCACAUACAAGUCGAGCAAGCUAAAACGCCUGGUCAAAUGCCUGUGUAUAGAGGUGAAACCAUAAACUUGUCUAAUAUUCCACAAAACUCCAUUAAGCCAUGCAAAGAUUUGGACGACAUCAGCAUGCGCCGUAAUAACUUUAAUAGACAUACGAACGUGCUGCUGCUGGAUCUAUCCACUGGCCCGAGGGCUACCUCAUAUAUAGAUAAUACAAAUGCCAGAGAUAUCACGGUUUUGCCGCUACCACUCCCCAGCACAUUGGUGAAAAGGUCGAACUACCCGUUCGAGAGUUUACUAAAGAACUACCUUGGUUCUGAAGAGAAAUAUAUCGAGUUCACUAAGAUAAUCAAAACCUAUGACGUUUUCAUUUUCAACGAUUCAAUUAGUAAGAUUUCAAGUUGUUUGAAAACAACUUUUUGUCUCAUAGAGAAGUUCGAAAAGUUCAUCUAUCGUUUUUUCCCGUCACCUUACCCAAAAUUCUUCCUUUUCGAAGGCUCCUUGAAUGACAGUAAAGUAUCUUCCUUGGGGAAAAACAAAAAAAACUGCAUCAUGCCCAAAUUAGAUUUGAACUUGAAGCUACAUUUACGCUCAAGCUCAACUUUAAAUUUGAGAAUAAAUAUACCUCCGCCUAAUGAUUCGAAUAAAAUAUUUUUACAAUCUUUAAAAAAGGACCUUAUUCAUUAUUCACCAAAUUCUUUACAGAAGUUUUUUCAGUUCAACAUACCCACAGAUAUAGUUUCUAAUGAUCCGAUUUUGCCUAACUGGCUUAAGUUUUACUCAAUAAAAGAAAACGAAAAGGGAAUUUUAAAGAAAAUCUUUGAUAAUUUUGAAACUUUAGAAAAUUUUGAAAUGCAAAGGCUUGAAAAAUGUCUAAAAUGUAAGAAGAUGCCUUCCUUACAACAAAAGCAGCAACCACAACAACCAAAUACAUCACAACUUGUAGACAACUCGAAAUUAUAUUCCUUAACGAGUUUGCAAAGACAGUAUAAAAACUCUGUGAAAGGUGAUAUGCAAAACAAUCAAAAUCUAAAGUUAAUCAUACCCAAAAUCAACACAUCUUCAUCACCAUCACCAUUAUCUUCUGAUGACACCAUAAUGACACCAAUAAAUGACUACGAACUCACGGAAGGAAUUCAAUCCUUCACCAAAAAUAGAUAUUCUAAUAUCUUACCUUAUGAACAUUCAAGAGUUAAACUACCCCACUCUCCCAAACCACCAAAAGCCACUGACGUAUCUGCGACUGAAACAAAGCCAGAUGAAUCUUUCCCGAUGUGUCCUAUAGAUUCAAAUAACAAUUACUGCAAAUCGAACGACUAUAUCAACGCAAACUAUCUAAAGCUAUCGCAAAUAAAUCCUGAUUUCAAGUACAUUGCCACUCAAGCUCCGCUACCCUCCACAAUGGAUGAUUUUUGGAAGGUUAUAACCCUAAACAAUGUUAGAAUAAUAGUAUCACUGAAUUCUGACGAUGAGUUGAACUUAAGAAAAUGGGAUAUAUAUUGGAAUAAUUCAUCAUGCUCUAACCACGCUAUCAAACUGCAAAAUACGUGGGAGAAUAUUUGCAGUAUUGAUGGGUGCGUACUUAGGGUCUUUCAGGUUACAAAAUCAACCCCAAAAAAUGAUAACAUCAAGCAUGGUAAUGACGAUAAUCAUAACGAUGACACAGUUGUCAUCGCUGCGACUGCAUCCGAGCCGUUUAUUGUCUAUCAAUUACAGUACAAGAAAUGGUUAGAUUCUUGUGGCGUGGAUAUAAAUGACAUCAUUAAAUUACACAAGAUCAAAAACUCUUUAUUGUUCAAUCCACAAAAUUUCAUUAGAAGCCUCCAAAAGGACAUUUGCAAACCUGACUUGGUAGAUGAUAAAAAUGCCGAUUUGCGUCUCGAUACAAUUGACUCAUCGCCAUUAUUAGUUCAUUGUUCAGCAGGGUGUGGAAGAACCGGUGUUUUCGUUACAUUGGAUUUUUUGCUCAGCAUACUUUCAUCGGCAACAAACCGUUCAAACAAGAUUGACGUCUGGAAUAUGCCUCAAGAUCUUAUCUUUAUUAUCGUCAAUGAACUAAGAAAGCAGAGGAUUUCAAUGGUUCAGAACUUAACCCAAUAUAUCGCUUGUUAUGAGGCAUUGUUAAACUACUUUGCACUGAAAAAGCAGAUGAAACAUGGGCUGCCUUCUUUAUAA